UAUUUAAUCUUAGUAGGUGCCUCGAAAAGAGUAUCUAUAUAACUACUUUAAGAUCAUUUUCAAUUAAAAAUGGCGCUUUCUGCAGGUAUGUCUGUCUCGCCAACUGCUCUUCCAACAAACUAUGAAUACUAUACAUCUGGAGGGGUUAAAUCUGGACUAUCUGUAGAUCAACCCUACUUCACUCUCAACGAUAAAAAUAUAUCGCUAUAUAGUGGCGCUGUACAUUACUUUAGGGUUCCCAGAGCUUAUUGGAGAGAUCGAUUGAGGAAACUGCGAGCAGCGGGAUUUAAUACUGUGGAAACUUAUGUACCAUGGAACCUACAUGAACCCAGAUCAGGUGAAUAUGACUUCGGAGAUGGAAACAACGACAUGUCCGACUUUCUUCACCUUGAGGAAUUCCUCAAAACCGCUCAAGAAGAAGAUCUUUUCGCCAUUGUGCGAUCAGGUCCUUUCAUUUGUGCCGAAUUUGAAUUUGGAGGUUUUCCUAGCUGGUUAUUGAGAGAAGAUGAUCUCGAAGUUAGAACAACCAAUUCCAAGUACAUGAAUUAUGUUACUAGAUAUUUUAACAUUUUACUACCAAUAUUGGCCGCUCUUCAAUUUACCAACGGUGGUCCUAUCAUGAUGUUCCAAGUGGAGAACGAGUAUGCUGUAUCUGGAAAGAAAGACCUAGAGUAUUUGAAACAGUUGAGACAACUCAUGCUUGAUAAUGGAAUAAAAGAACUACUAGCUACUUCGGACAACCCCAUCAGAGGGGCUGGUGGAACAAUAAGAAGCCUAUUCUUUAUGACGGGAAACUUUAACAAAGACGCUACAAAAAAUUUAGAUCAACUAAAAGCACUUCAACCCAACAAACCAUUAAUGACCAUGGAAUUUUGGUCCGGAUGGUUCGAUUUUUGGGGAAACAGACACAACAAUGCUACACUUGAUGACUUCAAAAAUGUUUACGAAGAGAUCUUAAAAUAUCCCUCGUCUGUCAAUAUGUAUAUGUUUCAUGGGGGAACGAAUUUUGGAUUUUUAAAUGGGGCCGAGAAUUUGAAGUUUGACGAUCUUGAAACGGAUUACCGUUCCAUAAUAUCAAGUUACGAUUACGGAGCUCCAUUAGACGAAUCAGGUGCUUAUACUGACAAAUAUUACGCUACAAAAGACCUUCUAGAAAAGUACAAUCCGAUAAAAACACUUCUACCUGCCAUGCCACCUUCUCCUGAAAAAAUAGCCUAUCUAGCAGUAACCAUUCAAAAACAACUACGAAUUGAAGAUACGUUAGCGAGCAUUCCAAAUGUGUACUCUAAAAACGUAAUCGCCAUGGAAAAGCUCGAUAUUAACAACAACAAUGGACAAAGUUUUGGUUAUACUGUGUACAGAAAAGUAUUGGAUAUCCCUGCCGGUGCUGUAUUAAAAAUAGAAGGCAGAGUUUGCGAUACUGUGAUGGUACUCGUAAAUGGUCAACUAGUUUCACCUUGGAUAUCCAGAUCAGUUGAUUUGAAUUCAUUCGGUACUUCCAGGGUAGCAAAUGGUACUUUAGUUCUUACAAAUAAUACACUGCAAGGUGCUACUUUAGAUCUAAUUGUGGAAAAUUGGGGAAGAGUUAACGUUAGAGUAUACAAGCAGUUAAAAGGAUUGUGGCAAGGGGGAGUGUUAGUAAAUGACCAGUACAUCUAUGACUGGCAAAUUUAUCCUUUGGAGUUUAAAAAAUCUUGGACAAACAGUCUAAAUUUCCAAACAACUUAUAUAAAAAAUACCGCUGGUCCUGUAUUGUACCAAGGUAUUUUAAACAUAAAAGGGAAUCCCAAAGACACGUUUGUUAAUAUGCAAAAUUGGACAAAAGGUAUUGUAAUCGUUAAUGGCUUCGUAUUGGGAAGAUACGCUAGGAUGGGUCCAAUUCAGACUUUGUACUUACCAGCUCCAUUACUGAAGGAAGGGGACAACUCUAUCGUAGUUUUUGAACAUUUUAAAGCUGAUGGUGAAAUUCAUUUUACCACUGGACACAUUUAUGCCAAUCAUUGAUUGUGACAGAACAGCAGAACUUUUUCUUUUUUUAAAUGUACUAUUAGUUUGUGAAAUAAAAGCAACAUUAUAG